CAAUACUAUCCUUUCCCGGAAUCGAGUUCCCCCAUUAGACCAUCACCAUUGACGUAUUAAUAUUCUAGGAGUGGGAGUGUGUCUUGUUUGAUUCAUUCGAAGGAGUUGUCAUCAGCGUUUCUUCGUUCUUGGGGAGUGAACCGACCCGACCGACCCGACCCCGAUUUGUUCGAUUCUUUGCGCAGAUCAUUCCUUAACAAGGAGCAAAAAAAGGAAAAUUAAAAGAUGGACGUUUCAAUGGACACAAGUCCGUCCGCCCUUUCUCCCCUCUCACAAUCACAGCCGCAGCCGCAAUCAACAACAGCAUCCUAUCCUACAACUCCGACCGCCUCCAGGAAACGCUCCAUUCAGGACAUCGAUGCACAGACUACGGUCCACACCGACACCAUCAAGUCCCCGACAUACACCGACAAGGAGAAUCAAGAGAAUGCCGAUCCCUUGAUAAAGAGCUCUACACGUGUAUCUCCCGCAAUGGAGAUGAGCCACGUUGUGAUUCGAAGUGGGGACCUGUCGGUGGGCUCGAAGACCGGUGAUGAGGCUCCGGUACAGAAUACGAAAGAGGCUACGCUUGGGGAAUCGGUUGUGAAUACGAUUCCCAGUUCGGAAUCGACGAUCGCUGUUUCAAUGUCUAAUUCAUCUAGGGGGGAUGCCCCUUUCACUAAGAAGAGGAAGCUGUCUUCUGCGAGUAAGGAGGCUAAGCAGCAAGAGAAGGAAGCUAGGCUGCAGGAAAAAGAGGCCAAGUUGCAGGAGAAGGAGGCAAAGGAGCGCCAGAAAUUAGAAGAAAAGGCGAAGAAGGAAGAAGAGAAACGGGUGAAAGAAGAGGAAAAGAAGAAACGAGAGGCCGACCGCGAGGAGGAACGUAGGCGGAAGGAAGACAAAAGACGAGCUAAGGAAGAAGAAAGAGCUGCCAAGGAGGAAGAGAAACGGAAGAAGGAAGUAGCCAAAGAGGAAGAGAGGCGGAAAAAGGAGGAGGAGAAACUGAAGAAGGAUAGGGCACAACCAAAAUUGAAUGCCUUCUUCGCAAAACCUAAGCCGUCUGCACCGUCAUCGGUCUCGGCGAUUACUGGGUCGCCCAAAAAGUCAGGAGGCGAUGGCACCGCAAACGAAUCUUCCUACGAGGCUGGCCCGUCGGAUUAUCAACGAGCAUUUCCCGAGUUUUUCCUGCAGUCUCACACGAAAGUAGCCCCGCCGCAUAGGUUCGAACGCGAUUCGGAGGCUCUUCGACUAAUGAGGGAGAAGGUUGAUGCGUGCUUGAAGUCGCCCAAUAGUUCGGAGGAAUCUCUUGCGUUCCGGCCUUCAGAUAUUUUCAGCAUGAUGCCAUACAAGCGACGGCGAGGAAGGCUUCCUGCUUCUGUUAGGGAGAUCCUUCUACAGAUGCAGACCCUGAGCGAUCAAGCAGGAAGCUCUGAGGCUGUGCAACGGCAACAAGGCCUUUUAAAGAAAAUCCGAAUGAAAUCACUCAAGUUUGGCGAAGAUGUCCGGCCACCAUAUCAGGGAACAUACUCUAAAUCCCUGCCUGAGUCCUCUGCCUAUAAGAUGAUGCGAAACCCAUUCUACCGCGGCUUACCCGAGACAAAUUACGAUUACGACUCAGAGGUUGAAUGGGAUGAACCGGAAGAAGGCGAGGAACUCGACUCGGAGGAAGAGGAAGAGAUGAGCGAAGACGGUGAUGAUGACAUGGAUGGCUUCUUGGAUGAUGAGGACGACCAAUUGGUCGACGGGAAGAGGCGGCUUAUUGUCGGCGAUCUAGAACCCGUCUGCACAGGCAUUCAAUGGCACGAUGGGAGGGGGGAUCCAAAACUUAAAGCGUAUAAGAUCGAGACCAUAUCGGAUACGGUGUCAUUGCCUAUUGACCCAUUCUCAACGGCAUAUUGGCAAAAGCCAAAGACAUCGGAGCCAGCUCAAACCAGUGGUGCAGGACGGUCGACGCUUCACUCUUUCCUCAGCAACCCAUCUUCGGGGAGUGCGUCAACGCAGGACGGCAGCGCAUUGCCCCUGUUGGGAUCCGGGAAAGCCAAGCGAACCUUCCCGGCGGAACAGCUGACGGAGUUCAAGCAAGUUGUGGAUGGAAGCGAUCUGUCGAAGUUGGGGUUGAUUGAAAUCCUGAAGAAACGGUUCCCGAAAGUUUCUAAGGAUGUCUUGAAAGACACGUUGAACAGCGUGGCGAUUCGGGUGGGACAGAAAGAGGCUGAGAAGAAAUGGGUCUGCAAAUAGUGAUGGUAUUGGAGGAGACAUGACAGCAAGCGUUCGAUGUUCCGAACAACGCAUGGCUGGAGUUCUGGUGUCAGGUCGACUCUUGGAUCGUGUCGGGAGAAGUCUACCCUUGAAGGAAAUGUAUUGGUUGCAAAUGUUUCUCGUCUUCAAGUGUAAUUGGAAUCGCAUGGACAUUUGCAGCCACUUAUUCUUUUGCAAUUGAUGUGUCAUGACUACGAUUGCUUUGCGGGCUAGUGGGAUUGUGACUGGAUGUUGAUAUUGUAUAUUGAUAAACUGCUUACUAUAGG